CCCGGGCCGCCGGUCGCCAAGGAGCAGGGCGCACGCGGGAGGCCGGCCGGCGAGGGACGCGGGGACCCGGCGCCCGAAUGGAGAAACAGAGGCUUGCAAAGUCUUCACAGAAUACCUCAGGCCACCCAGGGCAAGGUACUAUUUUCAGAAUCCAGCUGGAAUCUCACACAGUAAAACAAUGUCAAGAGAAAAGGAAGGAAAACAAAAAACUAAAGGAACACCCCUGCCCAUCGUUCCAAUUCUUCAAAAGUUCCUGAAAACAUACGAGAAGCACUGCGCCCAGACGCAGACAUCUGUGUGUCCAGCCAUCAAACAGGACUUGAAAACCAGCAUCAACAACGAACAGAUUCUCAGGAAAUUUAUGCUUGUAAGACCUGAAGACUCUCCGACAAGCAUCCUACCGAUUUCCUUAGAACCUUUGCUCAUGACAAUUCGAGAUGAGUGUUAUAUGCUGGGGAAAGAGAUCUGUAUCUGGAGCCUUCAACUGAGCAAUCCAGAGACUGCCAGACUGGCUUCGCUUCUGGAGUUGAAGGGCCGUGCCGCCUGCCCAUUUACCAGCCUGGAGCUCCUUGACUGUAGGAUGGAUCUGUGGUCUCUCGGGAGACUCGGGAGGGCUCUGCCAUGCAGCUGUCUGCGUUCUCUCGUCCUCGAUUACUGCAGAUUUGGAAAUGAAGAAAUUGAGAGUAUUUUCUCGGGCCUGGAGAACAACCAAAGGCUUCAAACCCUCAGUCUGCGCUACUGUGGUCUGGGACCACAGAGUGGGCCACGGCUGGGCGCCAUCAUAUACCAGAGCUCCAUUUGCAAGCUGCACCUUGAUGGCAAUUACUUACAGUGUUCUGGAGCUCUGACGCUCCUCAGACCCAUAGCCGAGUAUGCAAAGACACAGGGGAGAGACCAGCCGGCCACAUCCCCACCAGACCCCAGGAGUCCCCCGCAGCAGCUGCAGGCCAAACAGAGGGGAAGUUCAACUUUGAACCAGAUUACAAAGUCACCUGGAGCUCUAACAGGGAAAACUACUUCAGGGAAGGAGAGGAGGAAAAAAGGAAUCAAGAAAAUUAAAGAUUUGACUGAUGCUGGUCCUUGGUUAGUGAAAUUGUAUUUGGCAGAUAAUGGCAUAGACAGAAAAGGAAAAGAAGGAGAAAAUGGCUUGUUGGAAUUCACUCAAAUUUUAACAUGCCUGAUCACAUCCUCUGCUCACUUAAGGGAAAUUGACCUCGGAAACAAUGUCCUGGGAGAAAUGGCUGUUCCUGACAUUCUUGAAGCACUGAGAGCCAGAAAGACAGGUAAACUACCAGUCUUAAAAAUUAUGGUCACUCCUCAAGUCUCUUCAGAAACCUUCAGAUCUAUUUGGAAAAAUAGCAGGAAAUCUAGUAUUACCCGUAGAAAGAAGAAAAAGGCUAAAAACUGAAGAUGGAUGCCAUAUAUCUUUAUGGAUGCUAUUUCCAUGGCCAACCAGACAUGUGUAGAAAGAUAUUGCUUUUUCUAUAAUAAUUGUUUUCACUGGAACCAAGCCCAUCUCAAGUUCUAAAAUUUGAUGACUAAUUUAUGAAAGUUCAAAGUAGUGUUAAUCCUGCUAUGCUUGUCAUUUUCUUUUUUUUUUUUUAAAGAUUUUAUUUAUUUAUUUGAGACAGAGAGAAUGAGAGACAGAGAACAUGAGAGGGAGGAGGGUCAGAGGGAGAAGCAGACUCCCCGCCGAGCAGGGAGCCCGAUGCGGGACUCGAUCCCGGGACUCCAGGAUCAUGACCUGAGCCGAAGGCAGUCGCUUAACCAACUGAGCCACCCAGGCGCCCCAUGCUUGUCUUUUUCUAAAAUGUGGGAUUCACAAGUUGACCUUUGUAAAAAUAGGUAGGAUUCUCCUCUGGUGCUUCUUAUGUGCUUGUGAAAUUUAUAAUUUGAAGGAAGUCAUGAUCUUUAUCUAAGAAAGAAAGAAUCUUCUUUCAUGAGUAUAUCUAUAGUUGGGAAUAAUAGGAAUAUUUGGAAAUAACCACUUUCUGAAAGACGAUAUCCCCCAAAAUGGGGAUACUCCCCAAAUGAGGAAACUUCUAAUCAAUCACUUUAACCACCGCUCCCCCCACCAAAUGAAGAUAUCUGCUCCAUAGGAAAGAGAAGAUGUGUGGUUGACCAAUGUAUGGAUGAUAAAUUGAAUUAGUUGAAAGUUAUAUGCCAUGACGAUAUGGUGCAGGGAUGAAAAGCGUGGACUGGGGAAUGAAAUGGACUGGAAUUCUCUGUGGAAAACUGCUGCAGUCCAGGUGUGUGACAUUGGCCAAGUCGGUUAACCUCACUGAGCCUCAGUUCUCCCUGAUAAGAUACGGAUAAGAAUAGCACCUGUCUCAUUUGGUGAGCACUGAAUGAGAUGACACAUGUCAAGUAUUUUUGGACAAUACUUGUUUCAUAAUGCAUGCUCAAAUAUAAAUAUUAGUGGCAGUUAUUAUUGUUGAUGUUAGAAGUAAAUGAUUCCAGUUAUUUCACUUGGAAAAGCUACACACGAAAAAUAAAAAAGAAGAAAAAAAUACGUAAGACCUUUCCAUUUUGAAGUAAAAAACAAAACAAAACAAAACAAAAAACCAAACAAAAAGCCAGUCUGUUGGGGUGCCUGGCUGGCUCAGUUGGUAGAGAAUGUGACUCUUGAUCUCAGAGUUGUGAGUUCAAGCCCCACUUCGGGUGUGGAGCCUACUCAAAAUAAAAAAUAAAGAAAUGAAUGUAUAUUUUUCUAAAAGGCAAGGCUGUCGUUCAUACCACGUACAAAUCAAGUUCUGGCAAGUCUGUGGAACCAAACUAUCUGUGAAGGUGAGGAUGUUUAUAGUAAAUUAUGUUCACCCUUCAAUAUCUUAGCAUCUAGCUAGGAAGACAAGAUCCUCACAUGUUAAAAGUAAACAAUAACAGAGUGUGAGAGUUGAAAUAAUAUAACGGAUCUUCAGAACUUAUAUAUCGAAUCUGUGAGACCUCCUGAUAAAUUGUACCUGCUUUAAAAAAAAAAAAGACCUUUUUGAAAUUUGCCACCGACAUCCACUCAG